AUGUAUCCAAACCCCGCUGUGCUCGCUGACGGAGUUCCCUUACCGGAAAGUAUCUCCUUUGUGACUCCGCUUGAAAUCCGUAUCGCACUCUGUCAAGCGUAUCAUACCGAAAAACAUGCCCGUACUCAACUUAGCAUGCUUGAGGAAAACACCCGUAAUCGCUUCUAUCGCCUCUGCCCAAUUGAGAAUACAGCUGUCUUCCAAGAACAUUGCUCUUCUAUCGACCGAAUUCUCGACUGGACCGGUGGUAACAUGCAGAGUAUGUACCAAGUCAGCAGCACCCUUGCUCCGGCACUCAAAGUCCCCAGUUUCGUUCUGAAGUUUACUGUCGACGAACAAGCCUACAGCCGAUAUCUCAACGAGUGUAACGAGAUGUAUCGAAUGUUCUUCAACAGUACACUCGUGGUAUGGAAACAGUGUAAACGUAGAGGCGACGAAGUGUUGCGGCACAGUCAAAUUUCAAAGCUCAACAAGCUAAUGUGUCUGAGAUGGUGGAACAAGUUUCUAGAAGAUGCUCUUGCCUGGGAGUCAAGAAUUGAGGACCUCACAGUAUCUUCAUGGCCCGACAUAAUUGCGGAAUUGUCAACACUCAUCGAGGAAAGGGUCGACUUCGAGGAAGCUUAG